UGGACUCGCCAUUCCCACCAUUUAGAUUUGUUAUGAUUGAAAAGAUUCUAUGCAACAGGGACACUUCGUGUAUCGAUUUGCAUUGUACUCGAUUGCGAACGACAAAAAUGAUACUUACAUUGUUCUUGUUACUGAUUGUCUGUCAAGAAGGCAAAAAUGUUGAAAUAAAUCCGUCAAAGACAAUAAUUUGGGGCCCGGGAUUGAAACCAGAUAAAAUAACGAUGCGAGCAAGAUAUAUUUUUUUACAAUUUAUCGAUUUACAAGGGAAAAAUUUAACAGAAUCACCUGGAAAAGAUGUAUUUACUGUUCACAUACAUGGUCAAACUUCACUGGGGCACAUAUGCCCUGUAUGGACCCAAAUUUUAGACUGCAAGGAUGGAAGUUUUAUUGUUAGAUACAAAUUGCAUACUACUUGUUUCAAUUUAAAAUUGGAAAUUAAGAUGAAGCAACAUGAUUCACCAAUCUUGUCCAUGGUGUCAAAAGGUCCAGUUUAUGAAGAAGAAUGUUAUUGUCCAAACUCUUCUAUCAAUGACUGGUUAGAAAGUUUAGAAUGCUCCAAAAAUUAUUCUCAAAUACAUCAGGAUCUUGCUCCUUUUGUAAAUGUAGACUUCAACAAAAUACGUCAGAGCAUCGUACAAACGUACGAUCGACCAGGGAGUGUCAGUCUUUGUCAUUAUGUAAUCAAAUCCAAUAAAAUUUUUAGGAUAUGCUAUGGCCAGCAUGUGGGCUUCAAAAUAUUUAUGGAUGCCACUCUCUUGUCUAUUGUUCGAAAAGUCAUUUUGCCAGAUAUUGAAUUUUUUGUGAAUCUGGGUGAUUGGCCACUUGUUCCAAAAGGGGGCAAUAAUUAUCCCAUCUUUUCUUGGUGUGGCUCUUCCGAUACAAAGGAUAUUGUUAUGCCCACCUAUGACAUCACUGAAUCAUGUUUAAGGGCAAUGGAAAAGGUAACGUUAGACAUGCUAUCUGUGCAAGGUAAUACAGACACUCCAUGGGAAGAAAAGAUAGAAAAAGUAUUUUGGCGUGGUCGCGAUUCUUGUAGAGAACGACUAGAUCUAAUCGAUAUUUCUCGAAAACAUCCCGAUUUAUUUAACGUGUCGAUCACUAAUUUCUUCUUCUUUAAAGACGAAAUGGAUAAGUAUGGUCCUGGGCAAAGCCAUAUAUCUUUCUUUAAUUUUUUUAAGUACAAAUAUCAGUUGAAUAUCGAUGGUACGGUAGCUGCAUAUCGAUUUCCGUAUCUGCUCGCUGGGGAUUCCUUAGUACUGAAACAGAACUCGAAGUAUUAUGAAUUCUUUUACAAUGAUCUUGUACCUGGGAAACACUAUGUGCCUGUAAAAAAAGAUUUGUCCGAUCUUGUUGAAAAGAUCGUGUGGGCAAAAGGGCACGAUAAAGAAGCGUCGCAAAUUGCGAAGCAUGCUAGACAAUUUGCAAGGGACAACUUGCUAGCACGCGAUGUGUUGUGUUAUCACGUAGCUUUAUUCGACGAAUGGAGUAAACGCUUAAAGAGUAAAGUUAAGGUACUGGAUAACAUGGAAGAAGUGCUGCAAUCUAAACAUUCUUGUAAAUGUUACAACGAUAAUGCAAAAUUCAAAGAAGAGCUCUAGUUUUUGCAGUAUUUUUUAAAGAUUCUAAUAAUACAAUUUGAUUUUUUAUAAGCUGUAUAUGCAAAAAUAAUGUUUGUCGGUUUUUUACCUUUAUAUACUUUUUGUACAUAAUGCUGUUAUGCAGUGAAUAAUAAACGAAAAACGAAGAUUGGAUUUAAAGCAUUUGAACGUUAUUCGACUAUUAACAAACGCUACUUUGAGUUUUACCGUUUGAAAGUAUAAAUUUAUAAGAUACUUUUCUAUUUAUGUUUCGUAAUUUAUAGCAAAUACAGUUAUAAGUUGUAAGUAAUAACCAUUUGGAAUAAAGCAAUUUUAAAAUGAAUUAUGAAUUGAAAAAUUUAUUUACAUGUGCGCGAACCAAAAGAAUUUUCGAAGGAAAAGAUAAUAAUCAAUUUGUAAAUUCAUGAAUCUUUUAAUGACAAUCAAGAAAAUAUAAAAUUAGAUAAGUAAAUAUAAAAUUAAUUCUAAGGCAAACGUGUAUAUUGGAAGCUGUAAA